AUGUCGACUCGUGAUGAACCGUGCAACACUAAAAUGGUAUGGGAAAACCAGGAAGCACCUUUUGCUAACGGUACGUAUUAUUGCUGCCCUAAGGAUUCAGUUAUUGGAUUCAAAAAACCAAAGAACCAACCCUAUUUUCCCGCCUGUUUCGACUCCAGCGACAACCUUGGACGUUGCGUUCCGGAAGCUUUUUGCGAGAACGAAACCGUUCACAGUAUCAAUGCCUUGGUGAGAGGGAGAAGCUGGACGGCUCCAAGCCGCUGCCAUCCAGAUCAAAACCUUCCGGAUUGGGUUUGUUGUGCCAUGCAGCAACAUCGUAAGUUCAUUCGGCACCCGAAGGCCGGCCAGCUGGGGUUAAGCGAGUGCGGAUUCCCUUCGGUGAGCUACAAAAUCGCUGGCGGCGUUGAAGCCGGUCUUGGCAGCUAUCCCUGGAUGGCGUAUUUGCGAUAUCGAAUCGAAGAAAUGCGCUGUGCGGGUUCGCUUAUACAUCCUCGUUACGUUCUGACGGCUGCUCACUGCUUACGCCAACGCCUAGGUCCUCAUGUGGUUCGUCUGGGCGAGUACGACACCGGUAGUGAUCCGGAUUGUUCAAUUGAAAACGAAUGCCUAGGAAACUACAGUGAGUAUUCGGUGAAGAGGCAUAUACUGCACCCCGAAUACAGUUUUAGAGAGUACGUAAGGACCGGUGCUUUCGACGUAGGAUUGAUCGAAUUGAACCAAAUGGCCGAGAUUGUUCGGGGCCAGGUACAGCCGAUAUGUUUACCGAUAACCCAUGAGUUGCUCCUGGCCAUGCCUCGACGUCUGCGGGUCACCGGAUGGGGAUUGACUUCCGGAGGAGGGUUCGCCAAAGUUUUGCGCUACGCUGAUUUGCAGAUCGUUGAUAGCACCCGGUAUGAUUGUCCCGUCGCAGGAACGAUCUGUGCCGUGGGAAAUCUUAAGGAGUCACACUGUGCCGGAGAUUCGGGGGGUCCCUAUCAGCAGCUCAUGGUCGAUCACCAUCGAUACCAUUACGUGCAGUACGGGAUCAUUUCCGGAGGAUCAAACACGUGCAGCAUCAGUGGAAGUCCAGGCUUUGCGGUAAUGGUUGGAAAUCACAUGCACUGGAUCUUGGAUCACAUGGACAUCUAA